CUUAAGUUGGUGUGUUAAUGGAGAGAUUUCUGAUGAGAAAAAUGAGAGAAUCGAUGAACAACAACAGAUCUUGGUACAGAUGACGGAGGAAAUGAAAACAAUAGCUCACGGCGAAUCAUCCACUUCAGCGGAAAUUGAACAGGAUCGGAUGAAACUGUUGGAGAGGCUUAAUUGUAGCCCAAGUUUAUGUUAUGGUAUGGUGUAGGGGCGUUCAUUCAGUAAAACCAAACCAAACCAAUAAACUGGGCUUCUUUCAGCAGGAUAACAUCAUCAAUCUCGUAGUUCCUCCAGAUCCUGUGCACAAAUCCUUUGACAACCUCUAAUGGGGGGUUUGCUCCAAGGAUGCAGCAGAUGAUGGCUGAGUCCCAACUCCAGUCGGCUUGGAUAACAUCAUCCCCCGUCAUGGUUGCAAUCUUUUGUCCAUUGAUCUCCGAGCCCUCCACAAAUUCCAGAUUGAGCAUCAUAUUAUCCCCAACUGCAUCUGCGAAGGUCUUCUUCUUUGGGCUAGGUGUUUCUUCUAAACAUGGUAUUGUGUUCUUCCCCUGGUCCGAUUCGUUUCCAACCAAACCUUCUGUUGGCUGGCUGCGAUUUGGGGGUAAUACAUGUGUCUGCAUCAUCUUUCUUGGCCUGAUUAGCGUUGGUUUGGAUCUUCGGCUUCCCUGGUUUCCUCGUCGCCAUUGCAGAGCAAACACUAGCCUUCUCUAAGAGUCUUCUUAUUCUUCCAGGUGUAAAAUCCCCCUUCUACUGGUAAGUCUUCAAGCCCAUUCCCAUCAAGACAGUCAUUGAAAUCCCUUAUUUCAUCCUCAGUCAUAGGGUUACCUCCUAUCCUAUCAAAGGUGGAUUGAAUAGUGUAUUUUUCAAUUUUCUUUUUCUGUAAAGUUCAUUCAACGUGGUUCCGAGUUUUCGUGCAGUUGAUAUUGUUACCCUUUUCAUCCCAUUCUACCUUGAGGCUUUUUGUUGGCAUGUUCAGUUUUGGUGAUGGUAAAGAAUUUCUUUGUCAUUGCUCUUGGUUGUGUUUGUGAUGAGAACGAGAUAUGUGACUGAUAGGGAAAGUGGGCUUUGGGAGUGCCGAGGGAUGUUGGAUAGAAAGGAGUAUGUCAUAUUGCCAUUAAGCAAAUACACUUCUUAGGGGCUGGUCGUGAUGCUGUCUUGAAAGAAGUAGAGAUUCUAUGCUCGAUGCACCAUGAGAAUAUCGUGCGUCUUGGAUUCGCGAUGUCAUCUAGGAGUUGGUGUUGCCUUGGAGCGUUAGGGAUGCCUUUGGUGUGAGUGAGGAUGACUCUGAGGACAGCAUUGCCAGUGAGUAAGCAGAUUCCAUAUUAUAUAUAGCUACGGAAUACUGCCCAAGGAUAUUGAACUAGCUGAUCAAAGAAGGAGAUGAUUUCAAUGCGGCAUUAAAGUUGUUUAAACAACUCUUGAAGGCCUUGGUUUAUAUACACACCAAGGGUAUAAUUCAUAGGGAUAUAUCAAGAAAGAGUAAAUUCUAUAAUUGGUCCUUUAUAACAAGGGGAUUUCCCUAUUUAGUCCUCUAUUAUCAAAUAUUAUCCCAGUGGUCCUUCUUCUAUGGGUACCUUUCCACAAAUAGUCCUUUAUUUGAACUUCUAUCAUGUUGGUGUUAAUUUGAAGGCUAAAAGUGUAAUUUCACAAUGAUAAUAUAUACUUUUUGUCAUA